AUGCCAACAGGACUGGAUCCGCAAGCCAACAGAAUAACAACUACCUCAGAUGCAAUGGGGUCAUUCAAGCGGAGGAAAAGGAAGUCUAUCAUCGUGACGGUGAUGCUGCUCAUUGUUUCUGUACUCAUCUUGGUAUUUGGGUUGGCAGCUACCACUAGAACACAGAAUAUUACAGUUGGUGGUUACUACCCAGGAGUUAUUCUUGGUUUUGGCUCUUUUCUCGGAAUCAUCGGUGCCCAUUUGAUAGAGAAUAAGAGGCAGAUGCUGGUAGCCUCUAUUGUCUUCAUCAGUUUUGGUGUUGUGGCAGCCUUCUGCUGUGCCAUUGUGGACGGGGUUUUUGCAGCGAGACACAUAGACCUUAGACCUCUAUAUGCUGGUCGGUGUGAAUACUAUUCAAACGGUGCAUCAUUUGACCUCGACGUCAACUGUCAAACUGCGUCACGUGUUUCUUGUAACCUGCGUGUGAAGAGCAACACCUGCUACUGCUGUGAACUGUACAAUUGUGGCAAAGAACAUCCUCUUUUGGGACUUCAGAAUAAAGAUGUUUUGAAAAAAUUUAGGAAAUCGUCCAUGAUUUGGAACCGUGUUGAGCUGAGGGGAGGUUACCACGAGUACACGGAGGUACGCAGCUGCCAGGAUGUUGUGCAUCUCUACCACCUGCUCUGGUCUGCCACCAUCCUCAACAUCAUCGCCCUCUUCUUAGGAAUUAUCACUGCAGCAGUGCUGGGAGGCUUCAAGGACAUGAUGCCCACGGCUUCUCCUGACACCUGUGAACCAGAGGCUGUGCCACUCCCUCUUCCCCCAGAGACACCAGCUCCCUCCACGUCCUAUUACAACGCUGCCCCCUGCCUGCCACCUUACACUGCCUAUGACAUGCAGGGCUCCAACGUGUUCCCUGACUCUUCGGGCCUGUCCGACGAUUCUCAGUCUGGGGCCAGUCAUAUGUGGCCCACUAUGAUCCCCCCUCGCUACUCUCCUCCUUACUACCCCCCCGAUGAGAAGCCCCCGCCGUACAGCCCUUAA